CCUGUACAUGACAUCUUUAUAUGGUGACAGCGGUGGGAUAGCUGGAACAACGAGAAGCGAACCCACAACCACACAAUUAACCAUGGCCACUGGAUUUACGUUACCGCCACCUCCUCCGCUCGAGAUUCAUGAUGGUAAUGAAGCAGAGAAAUGGAAACAGUUUCGUCUUGCCUGUAGCAACUAUGCACUUGCAACAGAGCGAACCAAAAAUUCCGAGCCAAUACAGGUGGCUAUACUGCUGACAGUCAUUGGAGAGGACGCGAGAAAUGAUUACUCUACCUUCGACUGGGAAGAUGAAGCAAACAAGAAUAAAAUUGAGCCAGUGUCGCAACAUUUCGCCGAUUAUUAUCAACCCCGCAAAAACAUCACUUUCGAACGUUAUCGCUUUCAUAAGCAGUCUCAGGAAGCAGGCGAGAGCUAUGACCAGUAUAAAACGGCACUUAGAAAACUCGCCGAAGGCUGCGAGUCCGACAUUAUCACACCCGAGGAGAUGUUGUGUGACUGUUUAAUAUUCGGCAUCCGUGAUGUUAAAGCACGGGAAAGAUUGCUACGGGAAUCUCGUUACAGGUAUCUUGUCUGCGAUUGCCGGUAAAUACUAGCAGUUGCUCACCACUAAUUGAGGACACUACCUACUAUUAAAAGGGUGAUAAAAAGCGAAUCUAUAGUACAAAUUGAAUAAUGGGGACCUCUGACCUAAACGUCCAGUUGACUUUCAUAGUAUAGGGAGCUUGAAGCAAACCACGACGGCAACGGGAACGUCAAUAACAAAAGUUUCAAUGAGCAGCACAGUGGCUAUGCAUUUCAACGUAAAAUGACCAAAUUUUUCGCAGUUUGGAGAAGGUGAGCCACGACUGCUAAUUUUCGUAUUUCCGUUUGGAAUUUAUC